CCUAGAGCGGGAGGCCGGCCAAGCUCCUCUGCGCCCCAGCGCUCUGGCGGGCGGGGAAGUGGUUAAGGCUGGCUGCCCCUGUAGGGGCGCAGAGUCUAACGAGAUCAAAGGCCGCUGCCCCGCCCGCCUCAAGGCGCGCGCCGGGGUCACGUGCCCCUUCGGUGAAUGGGGAGGAGCUGGCGUGCAGGGGGCCCAGCACUAAUCCGGACCGGAGCCUUGGUCGCUGUCGGAGCCAUGCUGCUGAGCUGCGUCUCACGACUGCGCACGCUUGCGGUUCUGCGCGGCCCGCCCGGAGUCGCGCCUCUGCCGGCGAAGGACCCGUGGUCGCCGCGGGUGAAUCCCGGAGCCGGGCGGCGGGAGCGGGCGGCCAAGCCAGGCUGCGUCAGGGGUGACCCGAGGUCAUUUUCUUCUGAGGUCAUUCAUAUGGACCUUUCUCUCCCCAACCCCAGUUGGAACGAGGACAUGAGACUUCUCUUUGACCAGUUCAUGAAAAAAAGUGAAGACGGCUCUUGGAAACGUUUGCCUUCAUAUAAAAGUAAAUUUACUCAAAGGACUGAAGACAUCAAAAUCUAUUUUCCUGACGCAAAGCUAAUGAAAGAAAAACUGUCACAGACCCAGCUCUUUCCCAGAAGCCUUGAGGAAGGCCUGGGCUUUGAAUAUGCAAUGUUCCAUAAUUAUAUUGAAGACAGGACAGUUUGCAUAUUUCAAGGAGGUCCCUACCUGCAAGGAGCACCUGGAUUCCUUCACGGAGGUGCCAUUGCAACCAUGAUUGAUGCUACUCUUGGUACGUGUGCUGUAGUAGCCGUAGGAGUUGCCAUGACUGCCAGCCUCAACAUCAGUUUUAAAAGGCCUAUCCCCCUUGGUUCUGUUGUUGUGAUAAAUAGUCAAGUUGAUAAAGUUGAAGGAAGGAAAUUGUUUCUUUCUUGUAAUAUCCGAAGUAUGGAUGAGAAGACCGUGUACUCAGAGGCAACAAGUUUAUUUGUAAAGCUGGAUCCUAAAACAAGGUUGACAUAAACGAGCUUCUGGUACAUUCUACACCAGUCUGCGUUAGGGUCUCCUUCCCCCAGAAGAAGCUGUUGUGCCACUCCUGCUCUACUUACCUGCCAUUGAGUCCCCCAGAGGGUGAAGCCUGCUAACACACCUUCCUGAACAGAUCUUCAGAAUACAACUCCAGGGACUCUGGUGCCAUCUUCUAAACUCUUCAACACAAAAGUACUCCUUGUGAGAGUGGCAGCAAUUAUUUGUGUCUCCUUAGGAUAAGUGUCUGGUUCACGUGACUUUGAAUGGGUUCCUUAAGGCUGCACAAGCAUGCCUUGUGCACAAGCACAAGCACAUGCACAAGCAUGUCUGCCCCGUUGCUGCCUGGAGAGAAAACUCAUACUGAAACUCUUACCACAAACUUGGAUAUGCCAGAAAACCAAAGGAAGUAAUGAGGUAUGUGUGCGUGUGUGUGUUAUAAAUUACAAAGCUAGCUUUAUUGUAUCCAAACAAAUCUUUUUGGCUACAGUAGGAAGUGCAGCUAGUUCCUAUUGGAAUGAAUAACUCAACUCUGGAUCCUAGAGAAUAAACAGCUGUACGAUUUUUUUUAUGGUUAUUUAUUUUUGAGAGACAGAGAAUGAGCAUGGGAGGGACAGAGAGAGAGGGAGACACAGAAUCUGAAGCAGGCUCCAGGCUCUAAGCUGUCAGCACAGAGCCCGAUGCGGGGCUCAAACCCACGAACCAUGAGAUCAUGACCUGAGCAGAAGUCCGACGCUCAACCGACUGAGCCACCCAGGCGCCCAACAGCUGUACCAUUUUUAAUAUAAACUGUCCCUUGUGUCUUACCAACAACAUAGUUUAUCAUCACUGGAAGAAGCCCAUAUUUAUUUCCUAGAUAUCUUAAUCCAUUCAGUCUGCUAUAACAAAACACCACAGACCUGGUAACUUAUAUACAACAGAAAUUUAUUGCUCACAGGUUUGGAACCUGGAAAGUCCAGGAUCAAGUUACAGCACAGUCACCCUCUGGUGAGGGCUAGCUUAUGGGCUCAUAACUGGUACUUCCUCACUGUGUCCUCACGUGGUGGAAGGGGCUAGAGAUCUCUCUAGAUCUUCUCUUAUUAGGGCAUUAAUCCCAUUCAUGAGCAUCCCCACCAGCAUCAUACGAGGGUUACAAUUUCUUCACAUCUUUGCCAACACUUCUCCCUUCCUUCUUUUUUUUUUUUUUUACAAAAAGCCAUGUAAAAUGGGGCAACCGCUAUGGAAAACAAUUGGCAGUUCCUCAAAAAGCUAAACAGAAUUACCAUAUGAACCACCAAUAUAUACCCACCGAAUUAAAAAGAGAGACUCAGGGGCACCAGGGUGGCUCAGUCUGUUGAGCGUCCAACUUCAGCUCAGGUCAUGAUCUUGCAGUCUGUGAGUUCGAGCCCUGCAUCAGGCUCUGUGCUGACAGCUCAGAGCCUGGAGCC